CGUAAACAUCUGGCGUUUGAACGGCCGACUUUGUAACGUCAACGUUUUGGUGAAAAUCUGUCUUCUCUGUAUGAUAGGGUGGGAUUUAUGGUCACAAUAAUAAUGCACCAUAUUUAUGUAACAUCUCGGCUCGUUGAAUUUAUAGAAAAUAACAGUAUGGAUCGCUAAUAUUAGCUUCGGACUUGAGCAGCUAACUUGUUGACGACGUCGCUUCUCAUUCCGUUUUGAGGCGGACCUCUUAAUUCAGACAUCCUCUUUGGCUGUAAAAUACUCAGGUGACGAAUACGGAAACAGCUGGAAAUUGAAAGCAAGACAGUAUCAGCCUUUCCUCUGUCUGUUUGCAUCCAUUUAACAGCAUGAGUAGUGAAAAAUACCCCCGCUCUUCUAUUGAAGAUGACUUCAACUAUGGUACAAAUGUUGCGACAGCCAGCGUGCAGAUUCGGAUGGAUUUUCUGCGGAAGGUGUACAGCCUUUUGAGUGUUCAGAUCAUUCUAACCACAGCCACCUCUGCCCUCUUCAUGUUCUCUCCCGCCAUCAGGGAUUUUGUUCAUGGCAGUCCUGCACUGGUUUUGGUUUCAGCCCUGGGCUCCCUGGUCCUGCUGCUGGCCUUAGCCAUCUACAGACACCAGCAUCCAUUGAACCUCUACUUGCUGCUCACAUUUACAUUGCUGGAGGCGAUUUCUGUGGCAACAGCUUUGACCUUCUAUGAAUAUUCCACAGUUCUUCAGGCUUUCUUCCUCACAUGCACUGUGUUUGUUGGACUAACAGCCUACACCUUCCAGUCCAAGAGAGAUUUCAGCAAACUGGGAGCAGGAUUGUUUGCCUGCUUGUGGAUCCUGAUCAUUGCAAGUUUCAUGAGCCUCUUUUUAAAGAGCGACACCACGGAGUUGGUUUUCGCUGGAGCCGGUGCUCUGGUGUUCUGCGGCUUCAUCAUUUACGACACCCACCUGUUGAUGCACCAGCUCUCCCCUGAGGAGCAUGUCCUGGCCUCCAUUAACCUCUACCUUGACAUCGUCAACCUCUUCCUGCACCUCCUGCGCCUUCUUGACUCCAUGAAGAAGAACUGAAGGCUUAAAACUUUCCAACUGCUGUAUAGCUGGUUAUCAGUCAGAACAGUCCCAGUGGACGCUAUGCUGUGCUUCAUGUUUUUAUUUCCUGGGACUGUUUUGUUGUCCUGAACUUUUUACAAUAUUCAAGUUUGCAAAAGAAUUUGGGGGAAAAAAACAUUUGUAUGGUGAUGAAUGACAUCUUUAUAUGUAGUUGUACUGAUUUUUUUUGUUGCUGUUUCGAGUGGUGGUGCAAAUAUAACUUAUUAUUUUUAAAGUACAAUUACGCCUAUGACUGUGAUUCUGCUGGAAAGAUUUCUUUGUCUUCAGUUCAUCAGAACCUUUUCAAGUCUUCAACCUGCAGUUCACUAAACAUAUUAUAAAACAAGUAACUUAAAGCAUAAUUUACCAGCAGCACCCCUCUGUGGGAACACAACACUUUCAAAACAAAGUCAUCAAAUCCUAAGUUGAAAUUGUUGAAUGCUUAUGGUGUUAUGACAUAUGGCAUUGCACCUGAAUUCAGUUUUUUUUUCUUUGAGUGCUCCUUUAAUGUUGUUCAAAGUUUAAACACAUUUAUUUGAUGGUGUGUAUACAGGUGGAUUUCAUUACAUUGAUACAAUACGCCAGUGGGUUUAUCCUAUAAGAAUUUUAGUUUUACAACAGAAUUGUACAUACAUUUAAGUGAGUAAGUGCAUGUUUGAGUUUCUUUAAAACUCUGAUUGUAUAUAUUUUCAUGGAGUAAAUUGCACUAACAAUCAUAGUUAACAGGACCAGAGAACCCCAAGUGAAAAAUGUAAUAUUUGACAGUAAGUGUUGACUAUCUAUGGUGACAAAUGGAGAUUGUACAGUAUUUAAUGACGGAUCAUAACCUUGUCUGUUGAGAAAGGGAUUGAAGGGAUUUGAUUCUAAAUAAACUACUGAAUAAUGUAUCAACAAAAACAUGUGCUUCACUCUUUUAAUUUAAAAACUAGCAUAGAGUUGUCUUGCAUGAGGAGAAAUUGAUGUAUGUGUAUUUGGUUCUCCACCAAAAUAAAAUCAGAUCGGCUGUGUAUUAUAGCA